CCUCAGUGAGACGCCUCGAUUCAAGCAGCCUUUCAACGAUGCUUUUGUGUUUGUGAUCGGUGGUGGCUCUUACGUUGAGUACCAGGACCUCCUUGACUGGUCUCGCGCUACUACAGGCGGCGGAACUGUCCCCGGUGAGGCAACAUCAUCCAGUUCUGGCAACGCGACUGUAAUGAGCAACCUACCUGUGAAUGGCACGAAUGCUCUAGAUGUUUCAGCUACAGCUCAUUCGUCCACACCGGGGACGAACGUAAAACGAGUUGUCUACGGUUGCACUGAGCUUCUCAGUCCAGGGGAGUUCUUGUCACAACUAACUGCACUUGGAAAGGAACUCUGCUGAUGCAUCCUCAUCCCCCUCUGCGCUUCCUGCACUGAACCAUCGAAUAAAGUUCUCCCUAUUUUGACCGUAUUUUCUCAAUCUCCUUAUCUGUUCUUUGCUGAACUGAUUUUGUUUUCUCUUAUUCCAUUAUGAUUGUUUUCAGUGAAACGUGCUGUGCCUGUUUUAUUCCACUGGACACGAUGGGGAGCUUUUUGCCUCUGCGGUUGCAUCUCUUCAUACAGUGUAAUAUAAAUCCCUCCGGCAC